AUGGGUAGUUGGAAUGGAGAAAUUUGGAAUUGGUCUUUUGAUAUUAAUUGUGAAGUGGAGAAUGGGGCAGCCGCGACACAAUUGUUUGAUUUGGUGAUUCUUCUUUCGCCAGUACAAUCUUGUCACUUGAUUGAGGAUUCGUUUGUUAGGUGGCGUAAUUCUUCCGGGUUCACGGUGAGUAAUGCUUAUGAUUCCAUCUUGUCCUUUGACUCUCGGACACCUCCAUUGGACAAUUCGGUUAUCUUAGCCUUUUUUCAUUUAUGGAAGAAAAAAGUUCCUAGUCGUAUUCAUCUUUUUGGUUGGAGAUUGAUUUGGAAUAGACUUGCUUCGAAGGCGGAAUUGGCUAAAUGUGGAAUUAUAUUAGAUCCUAACUUGUUGGUGUACUCUUUCUAUGGUCGGUUUCAAGAGGAUCUUGAUCAUCUUUUUCUUCAUUGA